AUAGUAUCAGCUCGUUGUGAACUCUUACUGUUGCCGCUAAAAGCGAACUCCGUUUAGAUAAUAAGGUGCCUCGUUACCGUUCAGUACUUACUAUUUGUCAGGUUUAGCUCUUUCAAUUCGCAGUCAAUGGUGAGUGGCGUAGGUUUUUGAAGAUCCACGAACGUUAGAAUGAAUUAACGUUAUUUACGGUCGGUUUCUACGCCAGUGGAAGUAUCUCGCUAGAAUUCAUAAUCUACCCUGCAUGUCCAGGUAAAUGAGCAGCAAGGAACUGUCCUGAGUGUUAGUGGCAUCACCAGAUUAAAAAAUGGGGAUCCAGGGGCUGUUGCAGUUCCUCAAAGAUGCCUCAGAGCCCAUCAGUGUGAGGAAGUACAAGGGACAGACAGUGGCCGUAGACACAUAUUGCUGGCUUCAUAAAGGGGCAUUUUCUUGUGCAGAGAAACUUGCCAAAGGGGAACCAACUGACCAGUAUGUUACAUACUGCAUGAAAUUUGUGGACAUGCUGUUGUCUUUUGGUGUGAAGCCCAUCUUGGUGUUUGAUGGCUGCAAUCUGCCUUCAAAACAGGAGGUGGAUAAAGCUCGCAGAGAGCGUCGUCAGGCAAAUCUGCAGAAAGGUAAGCAGCUCCUACGUGAGGGAAAGAUUUCAGAGGCCAGAGACUGCUUUACUCGCUGUGUUAACGUCACCCCUUCCAUGGCCCAUGAUGUCAUCAAGGCUGCAAGGACCAGAGGAGUGGACUGUGUGGUGGCCCCGUAUGAAGCUGAUGCCCAGCUGGCCUUCCUUAACAAGGCUGGCAUUGCACAGGCUAUCAUCACUGAAGACUCAGAUUUAUUGGCGUUUGGCUGCAAAAAAGUGAUCCUAAAGAUGGACAAACAGGGGAACGGUCUAGAGAUUGACCAGAACCACCUGGGGCGGUGCCGCUCUCUGGGUGAUGUCUUCACAGAAGAGAAGUUCCGCCACAUGUGUAUUCUCUCUGGCUGUGACUAUCUGUCCUCACUCUAUGGGAUUGGCUUGGGCAAAGCCUGUAAACUGCUGAGGAUGGCAAACAACCCAGACAUCAUUAAGGUGAUAAGGAAGAUGGGCCAGUACCUGAAGAGGAAUAUGGUUGUGCCAGACGAGUACAUUGACGGCUUUGUUAAGGCCAAUAACACCUUCCUCUACCAGCUGGUGUUUGACCCCAUCAAGAGGAAGGUGGUGCCUCUCAACCCCUAUCCAGAGCACAUGGACCCUGCCACCCUCAGCUACGCUGGCCGUAAUUUAGGAGAUUGCAAAGGUUUACAGGUGGCCCUGGGUAACCUGGAUAUAAACACCAUGGAGAGAAUUGAUGACUUCAACCCAGAUGCUAUAAAUAUCAAGCCAGUGAAACCACGCAGUCGUGACUGGAAUGACAGCCAGGAGACUCGGGCCUCCACACACCCUAGCAUCUGGAGCAGAAGUUACAUACCAGGCACCCUCUCUGCCUCCCAGCCUGUGGGCUCUCCACAGAGGCCUCCCUCAACCAGGGGGAAGGAGAGGGUCAUCAGUGUGCAGGGGCUGAGGCUUCCUCACAAGAACACACAUGUUAAGAGACCCAGAGAAGACUCUGGUGUUUCAGACCAGGAUGUGCUGCAGCAGUACUCUCCCUCCGGUCAGAAGCGGUCCAGAGGGGAAGAGGACCCUGGACCCACAGAGAGCCAUCACAUCUCCACAUGCCCCCAGCCCAGUGCCACUGCUGCCGCUACCCAUCCCAGACCACGCAACCGCUUUGCCACCCUGCUACAGAGGAGAAACCAGGAAGGAGGUGGAGAUGGGCAGGAAAUGCAAAGCAGGUUCUUCUGUAGUGGCAGCAGCUCCAGUGAGGUGGCCAGCCAGAAUCCGGAGUCUUUUGUCAAAGGGGAGGUGUCUCACGAUGAGGUCACACAGGACCCCAGGGAGGACUAUUGUAUCGAGGGAUAUGCUGAUGCAGAGGAAAAUGACUCUGUUGACCCUCAUAGCCCAUCCCCCUCCCCUCUGUCUGCCAGUCAAGGGUUAGGGGUGUUCUGCUGGUCAGGCAGCUCCUCAGAGAGAUCCAGGACCCCGACACCCACAUCUGGCCUCUCGGCACUGCAGCAGUUCCAGCGCAAGAAGGAAAGCUUCUCCUGGAGCCAGGAAGGCCAGAGAACUCGGAAGACCCCCGGAGCCCCAUCUCCUAUUCUGGGCAAAGAAGACAAGGAUUCACCACCAAACUCUCCACCGUCUCAGGACAGUGCCUACUUCUCUCAGCAUAACCACACUUCCUGCAAUGUCGUGGAAGUGUCCCCACCCACUCGGCUGGAGGAUGCCACCAGGCCUAAAAUUUACUCUAGUAAGGAUUCAGACUCUGUCAAAAGCCCCAGUUCCUCUCCAACAGCAGAUGAAAAGAAAUCCAGCACAAUGAGACUGAAGGUGGCAGGUCUCCCGCGGAUGAAACCCGGUGACCAAGGAAAAGGGACAAAGAUCCGACCCUCUGCCCCUGCCAGGGCCAGUGGCCUCCGUAAAAAGCCUGCAGGCCCUGGAAAGAAACUCACCACCAACAAUGAGAACAACCCUGGCCUCCAGGCCACAAUCAGUGGCCUCUGGGAAAACUUUGGUUUUAAGAAAGAAAAUCCGAAGAUAAACCCCUGUAAGAAAGGAGAGCCCAUGUCACCAGUGAAGGACAACGUGCUAACCCUCACACCUGAAACGGAUAAGGAUAUUUACUUAAUCUCCAGUGUUCAGAAAACCAUAUGCCUCUGAUGCCGAGUUUUAUAAGCCAUCGCUUUACAACAUACUGUGUAUGUUAAUACGUAGUGCAUUUUUAUGGACUAGAUGUAAUUGAUUUCCGUUUAAAUAAAUGCAACUUUCUUAAA